CCCCUCUGCUCCUGUCUUUGUUUCCAAAUUCAGUUCUUUUUUCCUUCCUCACUUCUCAUCUACUGGCAGUUAGGGUAAGCUACAGGAUUCUGGGGGACAAGGUGGAGACAACUGUUUAAACAAGCAUUUUAACAAGGAGUGAACCAGGAAGUCAGCAUACCUGUGUAAGAGAAAUUUUACCUGAUGUUUUAAGCUAGGACAGGGAAUCACAAUGCAGCCUGUGCACUUACAUAGCCUCUCAGAAUUGGAAAGAGCCAGUCUACAAAGAAUUGCUUUUUAUCGGCUGCAAGAAAAUCAUACAAUCAGCGCGAUCAACUUUCCUAAAGCUGGACCUAAACAAAACAAAUCCAUCCGGAGCAAACUGGAGAGCUUCUCCAAGGAGAAGAAAGACUGCUGUCCUCUGGCCUUUGGGAUUCCACUCUCCCAAGUCAUUGCCAAUGAUCGGGCACAUAAGCAAAUGCAGGAAGCAGUGAAAGGCAACCGCAGAGUCUGGUUGGAGGUGGAAGCAUCAGUGACUGAAUUCCGAACUCAGAUUCAGAAGAAAUCCCCAUUGGGUGGAAGCUGUGUGCGAUCCUAUGAAGUGCUGACUGAUGAGCCACUUUCUCCCAUUUUCCUGGACAGAAGAUCCCAGAGCCAGCGAAGGGGGGCAGUGUCAGUGGACUCCAUUACUGAUUUGGGUGACAACACUUCCAGGCUGUUGGAAGCACUGCAGCUGUCACAUCCCAAUGAGCUGGACCUUAGGAGAACUCUGGAGAGGAAAAGGAUGUUAAGCCUCAACCCCAUCUACAGGCAGGUUCCACGCAUUGUGGACAGAUGUUGCCAGCACAUUGAAGCAUAUGGUCUCCAGACAGUGGGUAUCUUCCGUGUUGGAAGUUCUAAGAAAAGAGUUCAACAGCUGCGGGAAGAGUUUGACCAGGGGCUUGAUGUUUUCUUGGAUGAGCAUCAAAGUGUCCAUGAAGUGGCAGCUCUGUUGAAAGAGUUUUUCCGGGAUAUGCCGGAUUCUCUGAUUCCCAGAAAGCUCUAUACAGCUUUUGUUAGCACAGCCUCUGUGAAAGGUAUGGCUCAACUCUUGACACUGCAGCUACUGGUUUACCUACUACCACCCUGUAACAGUGAUACCCUCUACCGACUACUACAGUUUCUGAACAAGGUGGCACAGCAUGCUGAGAAUGUCACAGGUCCAGAUGGACAAGAGAUUCUGGGAAAUAAGAUGACUGCCUCAAAUUUGGCCACAAUUUUUGGUCCUAACCUUCUGCAAAGGGAGAAACUUCUGGAGAGAGAGUCCAGUGUCAUGGAAAUUGAAGACACCACUAUGGUCAUUCUUGUGGUCCAGAGAUUAAUUGAGAACUAUGAAGCCCUGUUUACGGUAUCCACAGAGGUGCAACAGGACAUCCUGAGGAAUCUGUUUCAAACAGAUCCUGAUGUAAUUGACUACCUCCUACGCAGAAAGUUUAAAACCACUUUGUAAGUCCUUGUCAGGAAAGAACACAAAUAUAUUCUUGCAAGACAAAAUGCGAGCUUUCAGACAUCCUUGCUGUUUCCCAUGGGACAAAUCCUCUGAAAUGUUCAUGGGUUAAGAGAUGCUUAUACUUUGUCCCAUGCUAUCAUGAGAGUUGCUUGAAUGGUUGUCUUGCAGUAUCACUGUGGGGCAAAUGGACCAGUUGGUCCUCCAGGCAUCCCACAAUACACUGCUUUAGUCCCAAUUCUGGCUCCUUUUGAACUCUGUGUAGCUGCUUUGGCCCUGACCACAGAACUCUACUGCCCAGAGCUGUCAGGCCCCAGGUGGCCACCCCUUCCUGUUCAUUGCCCUGUAUGAUUGAUUACUUGCCAGCCAUUUCAUGCUCAUCAUCCCUCCAGGAUCAGCAUCAGAAACUGCAGCCACUGAACCAACUUUAAUCACCACAACCCCUGGGAACCUCCAUCCAACAAACCAUCCAGUUGUUAGGGAGGCCCUAGUAGACCCAACCACCAUUUACCCUAGGCAAGUUUGGACUUCCAUACCCCCACACGCCCAUCCGUCUUCCCUCUACCAUGGCCCCUCAGUCCAACAACUUAAAUGUCAUGAACAGCUGUGGCAACAACUGGACCAGAGAGGAGUUAGCAGAUAUCAUUAUCUAGUGUUAGAUUGAGAAUCAGCAGGUACAAGCCACCAAAACAAGGCAUUCUAUGAAUGGAUUGCAAAGGAAAUGACAACCUGGGGAUAUGUCCAUGACUGGGCUGCAUACCAGUCUAAGUGCCAGGUACUGAGGCAGCAGUUUGCAAGGACAUGGGACAGUAACCAUGUAUUAGGUGCAAUUAGUGCAGAUACAUCCACUGUGAGGCACUCUCUCACGUCUUUGUGGUCAUGUCAGAAAACAUGGUGGACAUGGUGGCCUGUGCUAUCCAGGAGAGUGAUGAGAAUUCCAAUCAUGGAUGAAGACAUGCAGCCUUUUCAGGCUAUCACAGUGAUGAGCCAGAUCUGGAGCAACCAGUCUAUCCUGUUGAGGCACACAGACUCACUAGCCAUCUGCCAGAGCUGUGCAGACUCUGAAAUGGACUUGGGCUUGAACAAUGAGGACCUGGAGCACCCAGCCUUCCACCAGUGUUCACCACCCCAUCCAGCCAUCUCUCUCCCAAAACAGUCCCAGUGCCCCAGAAGACACAGCCCACAAUGGGACAGAUCCUGGGGAUGAAAAGUGGGAGGCCACCAUUAUGGCUGGGUUAGGAAAAGUCAGGAAAUGGGAGGUGAGUGGGCAAGGAGUCAGAGCUCUCUGGAACUUAAUGGCUCAGUGGGCAUCUGCGGCACUUAAACCAUGACUUCUUGCCCCCUUCCCUGGCCCUCUGUAGAAUGCAAUAUGCGGCUGCUGCAGUGGAACCUCAUGGCUUUCUUUGGGACUGCUCCCAUUUCCUCAGUGGCCAUCUCGUAUGCAAGUAUGGUGUGGUAAUAGGUACUACUUUAGGCAAAGUGGACAAUUAAUGAAACUAGCUUGUUUUUUGGAGGGGCAUCUUUAAUUGUCCAGUUAAUACUGCUUAAGCUAAUUGCCCACUUGACGCCUCAUCCAUCCCCCCUACCAGAAACACAGUAGCACACAAAAGUAGGGACCCCCCCUGCAGCUUCUAGAGCUCAAAAUAACAUAUUGAUCCUGGCUUUAUGCCCAGAUGUUAGGGCGAUGAAGCACUACCACAAGGCAACCCCCCCAGCUUUUUGCAUUCUCUCCCACGCUGAGAAAGUAGCAUCAGUAGCCUUGUCGUCAUCAGUGAUCCCUCACAAUCAAGUCUAGUAAAGGGUUGUAAAUGAGUCUGUUAAUGGCUAAGAAGGCUGAGCCUAGAGUUACAGACUCUCUGGCAAAUGCCACAGGUGGUGGUUAAAGGGAGGGUUGGAUUAUGGAUUUCUUGGUCUUGUUUACUUCCAUUUCUGUCAUUUUUCUGCCUCCAAUUUGAGAUGUUUGUCUGAGACCCCAGAGUUCCUGCUGGCUGCUCUGGACAGGAUUUAUGGCCUUCCAGUCAUACCACCUGUCACACCCAAUGGUCCAAUCAUCACCCUUUGUGCAAUACCCAAUCAAAUUCAAACCUGGGCAAUGCUUCAAAAGGACCAAUCAAUUCAAACUAUUUCAACUCAAUACAAACAAUAUCAUUAUAUAUUGUGCAUGCCCAGACCUUAAAAGUAGGUCAUGACUUCAUCAAAUUUGAGAGUUCAAACCCUCUAGAAACUUCUCACCUCUAGUCACAUGGCGCAUGCAUGGACUCCCAUGGUUUUACAGUGGUGUAGCACUGGUGAGGACACUGGCAUGUGUGUGACAGUCCUCCCACUUUAUACCAAGGAUUGUCCAUAGGCAGAGCUGGUGAAGGUAUUCCAUGCUUUUCAGGUGGUCCCUGUAAAUUACCCAAGCUUCAUAGCUGUGCAGAAUAUUUGGGAUUACCACAGCCUUAUAUAAUAGGAGCUUUGUUCAAAUCCUGAUGUCAUGAUCAUUGAAUAGACAAUGAUUCAGUCCUCCGAAGGCAGAGCUGGCACAUCAGAUCAUAUACUGGAUCUCCUUGUUGAUGUUGGCCUUCUUUGAGAGAUGGCGGCCAAGGCAUGCAAAAUAUUCAACAUUCUCCAACUCCUGUCCACCAAUGAAGAUCUUUGCUGGGGGAGUUAAUUGGCCCAGAAAAGGCUAGCGAAGUAGCUUUGUUUUUCUGAUGUUAAGGGUCACUGGUAUGCUUGAUAGAAGCAGUUAAGGGCUGUUUGUAGGUCCUCCUCAAUAUGUGCAACAACAGCACAGUCAUCACUAUACUGAAGUUCUGAAAUCGAGGCCAAAGUAAUUUUGGUUUUGGCCCAGAGGUGGGAGAGACUGAAUAGGUUCUCAUCCAUCCUGUGCUCAGUGCUGAUGCCAUGUGGCAGAUGGUCAUAGGUGAAUAUCUUGAUGACCACAAGAAAGAUGGAAAACAAAAUUGGUGCGAUCGUGCAGCCUUGCUUAACACCAGUUUGAUUGGCAAAGGGCUCUGUAGCAGAGCCACUGCAUAGGAUAGAGGCAGAGGCAGUCAUUUGGUUGUGAAGGAGUCUUAGCAUGGUGAUAAAUUUCCCUGGGCAGCCAAACUUUGAUAAGAUCUUCCAUAGAGCCUUAUGGUUAACAGAGUCAAAGGCUUCAGUCAACUCAAUAAAGGCCAUAUUCAGUUCCUGGUGUUGUUUUUUGGCUUUUUCCUGGAUCUUCUGUGCCACAGAAAUCAUAUCCACAGUGCCUUUUGAUGGUCUGAAGCUGCAUUGAGACUCAGGAAGGAUUUCCUAAGCAGAAUUUAAGCAGCAGAAUUCAAGCAGUUGACACCCAUGCAGACAAGGUAUUAAGGGGAGACAAAGGCAGUUUAUUACAGUCAGUGAAUUGCAAGCCAGAAGCAGGGAAAGGAUAAAGCAAGCAGCUUUUAAAUCAUCAGGCCUGCUGCUUGGUGAAUUGGUGCAGACCACCAUGGGAAUUCAGGUUCCCCUGUAACUGGCUCCAGCAUUGCUUUUACUGUCCUGGACUCUUCUAAAUGCUGCCAGCCACAAAUAUCAGUUCAGGCUCCCUCUGGUCCCCCAUCCUAGUGAACUCAGGGGAAGAAGGUGGUUCACAGGGUGAACCAGAGGCCCUGAAUCCAUAUGGGAUGUGAAGGAAGAGAAUGGGAGGUGGAGGUGGCAGAUUCUCCAACCCUGAAACAUUUUUGGGACUCCUUCCACCCCACAAUCCUUCCACACACCCUCUAUAGCUUGUACAGGUAGGCUGUUCUUAUCUUCCCCUUAAGGCAGGAGUGGGUGGGAGAGGGAAUGUUUGCUUAAGCCGUGCAUUUUCAGUGGUGCAGCAGCUCCAUUUCUGAAGCCCUUGUGGUUUAUUGGCUGACAGGCAGGCUAGAGACAUGCCUUUGUUGGACUGUGCAGGGUGGUUGUAGUGGGUAGUAAAGGACACCAUCAGGUGUUUCCUGACAUUUUAGGAAGAGUGAAACACACUGGAGAGCCAUUGUAGCACGUUCACCCAUGAGUCAAAGUCAUCAGAGACAAUCAUCUCUUGUAGCAAGAGACAAGCAAAUACCACUGGACUGCCAUGCACAGCAAUGAACAGGUGCCAUCUCCGCUGUGGGCUCAGAUGGAUCAGGAUGGCAUUGGUGAGGGUGCCAACCUGCAGUUAUAGAGAAGGGGCAGUAGGGGGUUCCAGGUAAACAGACCAUGCUCAGCAGAUUUCCCCUACCCCACUCAACUGGCCUGCUGUGUUUCAUAGGCCUCAUGGGAGCUAGAGGCCCAGGCUGUACCAAAGUGGCCCUUGCUGAACCCCUUAGUUGUUCUCCUGUGGCUGCCCAAACACACUUUCUGCUUCUGCAGAUCCCUAGGGAGCCCAAAGGAGAGCAAACUUACCAUGUUGAGAGUCUGCUAGGUGAAUGAACCUGCCCACUGGCUGGGUGGCCUUGCAAGUUCCAACUUUUGCAGAAAAGUUCUUCAUUCAAUCAGGGAACAGCAAGGAAAACAAUGAGCUUCUAGUCAUCCUUCUCUACUUUCAGGCUAGACACCUGCAAGUGGUGGCAAUGGCACCUUGGAACCAGAUAAUGAAACAAGGAUGAGGUCAGAGACUGGUGCCCGGAAAGCUUCCGGGCAGAGGUAAACCCGGGUCUGCACAAAGAUGGACUUGCUGGCUUCUCUGGCAGAGGUCAGCCACUCCUGGGUCUCAGAGGGCAGGCAAUAGAGGGAAGAAGAGCUAAUGCAGCACCUCCAGUGUUUGGCCACUGUCAGGCAGGGGAUCAAGGAGUCAUAUUGCUCUGCUGUGUGUCUUCCCAGGUGGCAUAAAGAGGCUGAGGACCACUACACAGACAUUUCUAAGUGCACAAAUGAGAUGCUUAGGGAGCCUGUGAGGCUCAAGCAGGAGUCUGUGGAUUGCCUCAUGUCUGCCUUGAACCUGCAGAGAGCAUCCUGGUGCUCUCCACAUCACCUCACAAUUUAACCCUCAAGUGGGUCUGUCUAGUUGCUCCUGUGGGUACGUGCUGCCACUGGGCUUCACUGUUCCACAGGUGUUCCCCUUGGCAGAAAUAUGAGUAAGCACCCACUAGCCUUCAGGUAGGUGGGCCCCAUGGCCUGAACAAUUUUUCAGCAGUGGCUGCUGCCAUCUGAAGACACACCACAUGCAUGUGUUUUGGCCACACCGGGCCUGUGGGGAGUAAAAGGUUUCAUUAUAAACAUCAUUAAGGUUAUUGCUUUUUUAAAAUAUUGUAUCUGUUUACUUUGUUACAGCUGUUUACUUAUUUGUGCUCCUGUUUCCACAUUCUAUUCUGUUUAAUAAAAGAUCUGCCUGUUUUCAAAA